AUGAAGAAGGCACAGGAAUUGCUUGCAAGCAACGAGGAGGAUCAACGUGUAUUUAAAGCUUUGCAUCGUGAAGGGGAGAAAAUCGCUGUCAGACUGGAUCUAUUGACUGAGGUCAAGAAGAGAAUCGAGGAAUUGAUUGAGAAGGAACAGGCAGAAAGCAUGUGCUCCUGGGCACAAUGUGACGGAUGUAACAAGUGGCGAAGGUUGAAGAAUGCCGAAAUAGUCAAUGGGAAAGAGACUUUCUUCUGCAAAGAAGUGGGAAAGAGCUGCGAUCAACCUGAAGACGAGUGGGACGAGGAGGAGGAGGUCACAGCGCUCUAUAACGGUGAGGGAGGGGGGCACUCGAAUGUGGAGGAUGAUAUCCCUCUCUCAACACGAAGGUUACUGCGACCUGGAUCAGUCGUGUACGCACAGUACGCUUGCUACCCCUAUUGGCCAGCUUGUAUCAGAGAGCCAGCGAGGACGCAGUUAUCGAACGAGUUGCUAAGAAAUCGAAGGCCUGCCAUGGUAUUAGCUCGUUUCUAUGGCACGGGAAAUCUUGAAUGGGUCCACUGGAAGAAGGUGCUCCCGUUUGAUGCUCAGCAGGAUCCGAACACAACGCCAGUCUCUUCGAGCUCUUAUCGGGUUGCGCUAUCUGCUGCGUCCAAUGCGCAAGUCAGAUUUCAAAAGAAGGAGGAGAAGCAAGCUCAAAAGCAAUCAAAUCCAAGUUUAAGAAAGCGAACAAAGAGGACUAAAACACAGGAGAGAGUGAAGAGGCAGAAGACUGUAGAUUCAGCUGGGAUUCAAAGUGCUGGCAGUUCUGAAGGUGUGAAGAAGACGAAGGAUGUUGAGAAAAAUGUUGCUUCGUCCGACAGCGAUUAUGAAAGUGAAAGCGAUAGUGAAAGCGAAAGUGACUCUGACUCGAGCGACAGCUCGAAAGAAGAUGAAAGCAGAAAUCGUUCAAGGACUGUGGCUAGAUCGAUUUCUCAGAGUCAACAACGAAGUCAAGAACCCAGAGACGUGAAGAAAGCAGUCGAUUCCACUUCAGCCAAUUCAGACGCGAAUCAAAAGAUUGUCAAGAAGCCGAAGGUGCAAAGCUCAAAGGCGGGCUCAAAAGGUACAUCGCAAGGGAGUAAAGGAGGGGAGAGCGAUACAGGUCUGCCCGUAUGGUUCACGAAGCUGCCGGCGAGAUGGCAGAGCUCGUACAGCGACUUAUGUGCGAUCAGGGACUCUGAGCAAAAGCUGAAGGAGCGGCUGGUCACUCUGACCUCGCAGAAAGACAUCAGGAGAGAAGUGCGGAACAUGGUGACCUGCUCGUUCAUGGGAGCUCUGCAAGCAUCUUCAUCAGAAUUUGAGGGAAGUAUCGGCACAACGGCAUCCUCGCUCGAGGAAAGUCUCUGGACAGAGUGCGGCUCAACGAUCAAUCAGGAAUAUAGGAAGCGGUACCGUGUUGUCGCUAUGGCGUUGAGGUCAAGAAAUGUCCUGCGAUCUGCAGCCUUGUCUGGCACCUUGCCUUGUUCGAAACUCGUGCGAUUGUCGGUUGAAGAAUUGGAUAAGUACGAACGUCCCACGGCUAUCAAAGUUGAGCCGAAGGAAAUAAGAUCGGAGAAGUCAAGCGUUGGAAACAAAGAUGAGUCGAUGCGACCAGCGGUCCAAGCCAUGGGUGCGAAUAAGGGCAUCAAAGUGGAGGGAAAGAGUGUAGUCGACACUAGCUCGGGCAAGCAGCCGAGUCUCGAUCGAGUCAACGAGAGGGCGGAGGCGUCCAAGGAAGCGUUGAACGAGAUCAAGCCUCUUGAGGGCGUAAAGCCCUCCGGUCAAAAGGCGCAAGGUCAGCAAGAGCCAUCCGUUCAAAUAGAAAAAGCUGGGAUUAGUCAGGUCGGAGCAAACAUGCACGAGAAGCCCUCGGAAUCUACGAGCAAAGCGCUUCCAGUGAAACAAUCUCUCCCUCAGAUCCAAAGCCUUGAUACCUUCAAGUCUAAGAUUCAGCUGCAUGAUGAUGACAAGACCCUCCACUCACAACCUCGUGCUGACCGACACUCCAAGCAUAGUGAUAGCGCCUCGAAUCACUCAGAUCAGCCCAAGAGAAAUUCUACAAGAUCAGAAAGAGCCCAUGACCCAAGGAUGGGAUCUUCGAGUGGUCAAAGCCAGAGUCAUAGUCAAGGUCAUAGUCAAGGUCACAGUCAAGGUCAAAGUCACAAUAACAGUCAAAGAGAGUCGAGCCAUCACGACAGGAAGUUUGCUUCUCAACAUUGGCAAGGGACGAUAGGAAAGGCAGGAUCUCACAAAACCAAAGUCCAGGCAGCAGCCUUGAGCGUAGGAGGGAAUUUGCAGGAGCUGCCAGCAGAUCUUGAGAUUGUGGGACGAAUGCGGCCUGAAGCUCUUAUAGACUUUCUUCAGAAACUUGAAUUCUCGAAGACGAGGCAGAAGACUGUAAUCCGUUUCGACAUGUGCGGUUCUGAGACGAACGAGAAGGUGUACAAGAGAUUGAUUGCAAGCCAUGAUGAGCAAGAAAGAGCUGGUGUCGUCAGCUUCGGUGAAGAUUGUCAAGUUUACGUUCUCAGCCCCACCCUAGCAAGGAUGACCGUCCCUGAGUUUGCUGAAUCGAUCGCCGAUGACAAAUUGUACGCCAUAUGUGUGCUCAGAAAGACUCAUUCCCACGGCUCCUCGUCGCACUCAAACUCUGCGCCUAAGGACAGUAAAGGUUCGAGCUCGAGCAAGCACAACCCUGAUGCUUCCAAGUCACACCAUUCCCGAGCCGGCGCAACAAGGCCGUCAUCCUGGAGUGAUGAUAAGGAAGUUUCUCAGGCAGCCUCCAAGACUUCAAGGCCAGAAGGCUACAAAGAUCGUCCUUCCGAUCCUGUUCGGUCACCUCUUGGACAUCCACAGGGGGCACCUGCUCAAGUAUUCCCUGCCAACGAUGGUAAGGGAAGAGUCGAGGAAGGAUCGACCAUAGCGCCAAGGCCACAAGAUCCUCGUAUGGCAGCAGUCAAGCCAACGGCAAGCCUAGGAACAGCGGAUCCUGAACGGUCCAAGGCUAGUGAAAGGGAUCAAGAGAGAACGGUUGAUAGAUGGAAGGACAAAGAAAGGGAAAGAGACAGAGACAGGGACAGGGACAGGGACAGAGAAGGGGGCUGGGACAGGGACAGGGACAGGGAACGCGGCUGGGACAGGGACAGGGACAGGGACAGGGAACGAGGCUGGGACAGGGACAGGGACAGGGACAGGGAUCGGGGCAAUGACAGACAAAGCGAACGCUACCCUGCUCCAGCACGCGACGUGAACCAGUUGCAGCCGAGACCCAGCGACCGCAUGCAAGGGCAUGGGGAGUUGAGCUCGCAAAACAGGAGGAGCAUGGCUUCAGAGAGGCACAUGCCUCCGAUGCCAUCGAGCAUGCCGAGGACGGACCAAGGGGGCAUGGGAAGGAUACCUCCUCCAAGUUACGCGGAAGCGAGAGAGGCUAUGAGAUUCUCUGCGGAUCCCAGGCAGCAGGCGAUGAACACGUUUCAUCGUUUCCGCCAGAUGCAUGAGAACAUGAUGAACACCAACAGCGCUGAUGGCCGCGGCCUCAAGUUUCCUCAGCCUCAGGCGAGUCAGCGAGGUCCGCCUCCUCCGUACAGGGCAGAACAUCCUCACGACUUCCCCAUGCCGAGAGAUCCUGCUGGAGCGAGCAGGAAGCAGAACUUCUCGAACCCUCACGCAAGAGAGAUGCUCUCUUCCUCCACUACCAAGGACGUGUCCCUGACUGCUCCUCAUCCCGGCCACUUGCAUAACACUCCGAGGGGGAUGCCGCCAGCAGAGAGAGCAGGGACGAUGAGGGGGUGGAAUGGAUCUGGAGCGAGGCAGGAGGAUCGUCCUCGGCCCCCUGCCCAUGGGCAGGUGGGGGCUGACGGUGGGGCGCACAAGGCGGCAGACAUGGGAGUCUUGGAUGCUUUCGAGUCCAUCCGAGCGAUGUUGCACGGGGGCGACACAGGAGCGAAGAAGGAGCAGGUGCCAUCGAACAGCUUCCAGGAGAUCCAGGAGGCGCUAAAGUCCGAUGCCUUGGAUGAGUCAGUGAAGCAGCUGGCCCACACUGCCUCUGCAAGGAGGGACAACCAAGGACUGAAGGUCGACGGCACUGGGACGGCGAAUGCUGGGAGAGGAGCAGGACCUGGUGAUGCAGUUCAUAUGGCUCAGCUGGAGCAGCUCAAGCAGCUUUCAACGGAAACUUUGAUCCAAGAGCUGCUGACUAUCUUGCCUCACGCAAAUGACACAAAUUACUUGAACAAAGGAAAUCGAUAA